GCGGUUUUUUGACAUUUCGCAAAGAAAUUGGGUGUCCGAAAAUUAUUACGACGAUUGUAUGCUGUUCUCCGCUAAAAUACUAGUUUGUUGUUCAAUUGCUUAAGUGUAAAUUUUUGUUCAGGAUGAAGAUCACACUUUUAUCAGUUGUAAUAUUUUGUGCAGUUUUCGUUUUAUCUUCGGAAUAUGAAUUAUCGGACAUUGUAUCCGCCCGAAUUGAGAGUUGUCGAGGGUGCUCAUUGAAUCGUCUUCCAGAAGUAAAACGAUUUGUGAUGGAUGACGCUCCUAACUACGAUCGUGUCGAAGUGAAAUUCAUUUCUGGCGCUCCACCAGAGCUAAUCCUCCUUGGAGAGGGAGACCAUGAGCUCGAGAGACUACCUUUAUCUCAUCUCAAUCAGGAACAGUGCAAUGAACUUAUACAGAGCAAAGGAUUCUCAAAUAAUAAAAAAUCUGACUUAUAAACUACUUAGUGUAUACGGUACUGUACAUUCCGCUCAUAGAAAUAGGUACUUAUGUUUUAUACAAAUGUCACAAAUAUUAAACAACAAUUAUACUUCGGUGAUGACUUGAAUAAAAUUAUAAAUAUUAUUUUGA